CUUUAAAGCCGCCGCCAGCCAGCGCCGCUGUAACCCCGCGCACCGGCCGGUCGCCGGCUCCCGUCCCUUUCAAUCUGCGCCGAAGCGGCGGCCGGAUCCCGGGGACUCCCCGCGCUGGGAAUCUCCCGCCAGCUGCGCGCUGCGUCCCGGCGACUGCAGGAGCACGUGGAGAGGCCGGGUAGCCAGACCGGCAGCUCCAGCCCAGGCGGCGAGAUGGAAGAUAUAAAACCAAGUGUGGAACUGAAAAGCACUCAAGAGCCGUCUGUGCCCACAGAAGGUUCGGUGCUUUUGCAUGACUACGAUUUAACCAAACCUCAUGAAACAGAAAAUGUGGAUGGUACAGAAGGCCCAGCCAAUCAAGAUGAAGACAUAAGAGAUGAUUCAAUGAAAGUGAAAGAUGAAUACAGUGAAGGAGAUGAGAAUGUUUUAAAGCCAGAACCCUUGGGAAAUGCAGAAGAGCCUGAAAUUCCUUACAGCUAUUCAAGAGAAUAUAAUGAAUAUGAAAACAUUAAGUUGGAGAGACACGUUGUCUCGUACGAUAGUAGCAGGCCAACCAGUGGCAAGAUGAACUGCGAUGUGUGUGGAUUAUCCUGCAUUAGCUUCAAUGUCUUAAUGGUUCAUAAGCGGAGCCAUACUGGUGAACGCCCAUUCCAGUGUAAUCAGUGUGGGGCAUCUUUUACUCAGAAAGGUAACCUCCUCCGCCACAUUAAACUGCACACAGGGGAAAAACCUUUUAAGUGUCACCUCUGCAACUACGCAUGCCAGAGAAGAGAUGCACUCACAGGUCAUCUUAGGACACAUUCUGUUGAGAAACCCUAUAAAUGUGAGUUUUGCGGAAGGAGUUACAAGCAGAGAAGUUCCCUUGAGGAACACAAGGAACGCUGCCGUACGUUUCUUCAGAGCACUGACCUGGCUGAGACUGCAAGUGCGGAGGCAAGACACAUCAAAGCAGAGAUGGGAAGUGAAAGAGCUCUCGUUCUGGACAGAUUAGCAAGCAAUGUGGCAAAGCGAAAAAGCUCAAUGCCUCAGAAAUUCAUUGGUGAGAAGCGCCACUGCUUUGACGUCAGCUAUCAUCCCAGCUAUAUGUAUGAGAAAGAGAGUGAGGUGAUCCAGACCCGAAUGAUGGACCAGGCCAUCAAUAACGCCAUCAGCUAUCUGGGUGCCGAAGCCCUGCGUCCCUUGGUCCAGACACCUCCUGCUCCCACCUCGGAGAUGGUCCCAGUUAUCAGCAGCAUGUAUCCCAUAGCCCUCACCCGUGCCGAGAUGCCGAAUGGUGCCCCCCAGGACCUGGAAAAGAAGAACGUCCAGCCGCCAGAGAAGAGCCUGCCUUCUGAAAGAGGCCUCUCCCCCAACAACAGUGGCCACGACUCCACGGACACUGACAGCAACCACGAGGAACGCCAGAAUCACAUCUACCAGCAAAAUCACAUGGUCCCUCCUCGGGCCCACAAUGGGAUGCCGCUUCUGAAGGAGGCCGCCCGCUCUUACGAACUCCUCAAGCCCCCACCCAUCUGCCCUAGAGACUGCAUCAAAGUGAUCAACAAAGAAGGGGAGGUGAUGGAUGUGUACCGCUGUGACCACUGUCGAGUCCUCUUCCUGGAUUACGUGAUGUUCACCAUUCACAUGGGUUGCCACGGCUUUCGUGACCCUUUUGAGUGUAACAUGUGUGGCUAUCGAAGCCACGAUCGCUAUGAGUUCUCAUCUCACAUAGCCAGAGGAGAGCACAGAGCCAUGCUGAAGUGAAGAGCUGGGCCCAGAGAUGAUUUGCACCUGAGCAUUCAACAUCAUUUUGAAAAGCUGAUAAUACCCCUCGCCUAACAAAUCACUCUCAGAACAAACUCAGUUCCAAUCCCCUUUUCAUGCCAUUUUCGUGUCCAAAGGAUCACGUUCACGUGGGCAGCAGAGACAUGCUGUCCCCAUUCAGAAACUGUUUGCAGAUAUAUCAUGUUACUACUUUUGUGAAACCUUUGUUUUCCCAUCAGGGACUUGAAUUUUAUGAUAUUUAAAAGCCAAUGAAGUAUUUGGUCAUCAUCUUUUGCAGCAACAGACAGGCAUUCUUUGGAGUCUGUUGCCAACCAGAAGGGUCCCCUGGUUGUGCUGCAUGAGACAUUGUUUCUGAGAUACAUCAGCCAUACGUG